GAUUUUAUUGCAGAUCUGCAUCAGAUCUUUGGCCAAAUCUUGGCACAUCUGCAUUGCAGAAAAACUGCAGAUUGCAGAAUCUUUACAGAUUCUGCAAAGAUUUUUGCAGACCGAGUUUUUUUGGGUACUUGUCAUCUGUACGACACAUGGACCAAAUGAAACAAAGAAGAAAAAAGGUGAAUCACCUGAGAAUACAUUUCAGUUUCUAUACUGACCCUUUAAUUUAAUUUACUAAUUUUUAAAUAUAUCAAUAACUCGAAUUAUCUUAAUAACUGACCAUGUAAGUAAUUUACUGAUAAUUCAUUUAUUCUACUGACCAUUCAACUAUUUUACUGAUUUUAUAUUUAUUUUACGUACUGAUCAUUUCACUUAUUCUACUGAUCGUUUAAAUGAUAGCCAUUUCCUUAUCUACAGUAGAUCGAAAGCAUCCACAUCUUGAAAUUUGUGUGCGUCAAGGUAGCCGACAGACAUUCUUUGUGACCUGAAUGAAGCUUAGUUAUCAAGCAAGUAGUAUUUCUCCUACUUCUAAGCUCGAAAUAUUGGUUUUUGGCAAAAUUAUAAGAGAUUUAUUAGACAGCGCUAAAUCGCAGUUUGCAAAAAUAAUGCUUUUGCAAAACGUCUGAAAAAGAAACAGAUUUCUCAUCCACUGGAGUUUAUGAUAAAAUGUUUUAGUUACACUUAAAUGGUCGAGCUUUUCGAGGACUACGAGAUGAUGAUUUUCUUCACAUCAAUAUCAACUGAAGUUAACUCAAAAAAAUUGUAUUUUAUUCGUUCGAAAGUUGACAAUGUUGAUACUUCGCAGUGUAAUUAUUUACAUUUUAUAAGAACUCGAUGAAUACAUUUCUCAAGAAUUUUUAAAUGCAGAUAACUCUAGACGAUAAGAAUUGAAGGCGCUGAAAGUGCAAUUUACUCCAUAGAACUCGUUAUUAACUAGGUUAUGUAUCGCAGUAUACGUGUGCUGAAUUACAACAAAUGCGUUUUAUUCGUAAAUCAAAGAAAAAGUCAACAGCAAAACUGGAUAUUUAUGAAACAGAAUAUGUACCAACACUAGAAGAAGUAAUCAAAUUCUUAGAGCCAACACAUUUAAAAAUAAUGAUUGAAAUAAAAGAAUCAGGAAAUAUCAAAAAAAUGUCAUUAAUUAUUAAUGAAUUGUAUGAAAAAUAUCCCUAUUUAUAUGAGAGAAGUUUUUGUGCAUCAUUUGAUCCUCGAAAUCUAUACGCAAUUCGUUUACUUAAUUUAAGAAUAAUAACCGGCUUUAUCUUUGUUAAAUAUUUCACGGCUGAUUUGAUAAACGAUGCUGCAAAAACAUCAAAACCAAUAUCAAUGAUUUUUCAAAAUAAUUUAAUUUUAAGAUAUAUAUUAGAUGAAUUAUUUUGGUGGUUAGGUACACCGAGAGGAUUAAAACUGAUGGGAUGUAAUAUUGCUUGUCUGGAAAACACAGAGAUAAAUGAUCGUUUAAUUGAUGUGUAUAAACAAAACAAGUUAGUUCUAGCAGUUUGGACUGUAAAUACGCUUGAACAAAAAAUGUGGCUCAAAUCAAGAAAAGUAUCAAUUAUUACCGAUAUUCACUUUGAUUAA